ACACCCUCCCUCCGUUUUUAUUUCUACAGGAGCGUUUUAUCUUUCUUUCAGUUACUGAAGACAGUCCUGCUGAGUCCUUCUGAGGGUGGCCCUCCCAUGAAGCUGACAUAACCACACCCGGCCUCCACACUCACCUGCACAGUUUUCUUAGGAGAUGAAGCUGCUUAGCCUCUCUCUACUCACGGUGACCAUUCUUCUUUGCUGUAACAUGGCUCGGCCUGAAUUAAGGAAGAAGAAAGAUGUUUCCAAACCUGGGUAUUGCCCAGAGUUUCAUCUUUCCUGUCCCUUUACCCUUAUACCCAAAUGCAGUCGUGAUAAAGGCUGCAAGGACUCCCUAAAGUGCUGCUUCUACAACUGUCAGAAGCGCUGUAUGGAACCAUGGGAGAACGCCGAUUAGACAAACCUGAGAAGACACAUGUGAUGUAGUCAAGGAUAGCUGGCCUCCUCCUCCGAUAGGCCCAUCCGAAAACCAAAAUUUAAGUGCUUGUUAAUAUGAGUACAAAAUAAAGGAAUAAAGUGUUGUGUA